CUAUCCCAUAAUUUUCAAAGAUGAAUGCAGGAGCUCACUUUUUCAUCAUCUUCCUGCUUGCUUCUGCCCUCUUGUGCUCCGCUGGGCAAACACCCUCAGAGUAUGAAAACAAAUUGGUGGUAGAUAAGUAUCCUCCUUCAGGUCCUAACCCACGGCAACCAUCAUCAGCAACCGAAUUUAAGGAAAACAAGGUGGUGAUUGUGAUCGAUAAGUAUCCUCCUUCAGGUCCUAAACCACGGCAGCCACCAUCAGCAACCGAAUUCAAGGAAAACAAGGUGGUGACUGUGAUCGAUAAGUAUCCGCCUUCAGGUCCAAACGCAGGGCAACCACCAUCAUUCUCCGAAUUUAACGAAAACAAGAUUGUGAUAGUAGAUAAGUACCGUCCUUCAGGUCCUAACCCAAGGCAACCACCAUCGUCAAUAUCCGAAUUCAACAACAUCAACAAGAUUAUGACUGAUGACUACCCUCCUGUAGGUCCUAACCCAGGCCAUGAUCCUCGCAUUCCACCACCACCAUUUUGAUUUGAGAACUAUCAUCAGCAUAACCAGAAGGCAAAAAUGGAAUUUAUGAAUGUGGUUAGCUAAAGUACCAGACCUGCCCUCUUUCU